AUGUCUGCUCCGGUCUGUCGUGAUAUCAUGAACGGCUACUGCCGAUUUGGGACGGCAUGCAAAUUCUACCACCCACCAAGAGGACAGGCAGGCGUACAGCCGAGAAGUGUAUCGAACGGGAGUUCAAAGUACCAAUUCAAUGAAGAUACUAUACGGCAGGACCUCACCAUAGAAAGGCCCAUCUACUUCGUAUCCGACUAUGCAGCUGCGAAAUAUGAGCCGAAUCUAUUUUUUGGAUAUGAUAUCUCGCCGGAGGAAUUAAGGUGGAAGAGCGUCGUAGCUUUGAGGGAAGGAAAAGGACAGGAUUAUAUGAACGAAGAGAAUACCCUGACGAACCAAGCAAAUUCCACAAUAACACAAGCAGUCGCCAAUCUAUCCGCUACCAACAAAGUCGCUGAACAACUACACAACACCAGAUUUACAGGGAACUCUGCGCCUGGUGAUCCUCGACCCAAAGAUUUCUCUGAAUCUGCUGCUUUGGGCGGCCCCUCAUCAAACUGUGCUUCGAAUACCUCGGGAUUUGGUGGUAGCGGUGCUACAGGUGGAGCUUUUGGCGGUGCGAAUAAACCAAGUGCGUUUCGUGGACAAUGUAGUACGAGUGGAGGAGGAGCAUUUGGGCAAAGUGCUUUUGGACAGUCGAAUAAACCUUCGGCAUUUGGAUCGAGCUCUUUCGGAUCAUCUUCUACACCCUCUGCAUUUGGUGGAAACAAACCCUCUACUGGGGGGUUUGGCUCGACAACAGCACCAACUGGUGGAAGUGCAUUUGGAUCAUCUGGAUUUGGAGCCAAACCUGCUGGGCCUGGAUCUGCAUUUGGAUCAUCAGCAUUUGGCUCGUCACCUUCUUCUGGCUCUGCAUUCGGUUCCACGUCCAAUACGACUUCAGCAGGUGGAUCGGCAUUCGGUCAAUCUGGUUUCGGUGCUAAACCCGGUGGAUCAGCUUUUGGCAGUGCUUCCACCUCCACACCUUCAGCUUUCGGUUCUACAUCCUCACCAUCACCUUCGGCAUUCGCUAGUACGUCAACUCCAACGUCAGGCUUCGGUACCUCCGCUUUUGGUGCCAAACCUCCGGGUACAUCUUCAGCGUUUGGAGCUCCCCCCGCACCAUCUGCAUUUGGUUCGACAUCAACACCUUCUGCUCCGUCGGCUUUCGGCAGCUCGGGAUUCGGAAGUACAUCGUCUCCAACCACCACUGCGCCAUCGACGGGAUCAGCUUUUGGUCAAUCAGGUUUUGGUUCAUCUGCAUUUGGUCAAUCGGCCAAACCCAGUGCAUUCGGCAGUGCACCACAGACGACUUCGGCAUUUGGAAAUAGCGCUUUUGGGCAACCUGCUACCUCAACCUCGACCUCUGGUGGGGGUGGAUUCGGCGCAUUCUCAAACAACAAUAACGCUCCUUCUCCUGCUGCUCCAGCUUCAACAUCAACGAAUCCAUUCGCUACUUCGUCUACGACACCUUCCAAUCCUUUCGCUGAAUCUCAACCUCACAUCACCCCUACUCCUGCAGUACCGGCAAAUCCGUUCGGUGCGAAACCCUCAACUACCUCAGCAUUUGGGAAUUCCAGUGCUUUCGGACAACCAUCUGCUCCUUCUGCGUUCGGCGCGUCUUCUGCGUUCGGUACUUCAUCUGCGUUUGGUACUUCUUCAGCAUUUGGGUCUACACCCACUCAGCAGCAACAGCAGCAGCAAACCAAUGGGUUUGGCGGUGGUGCUUUCGGUGGUGGUAUACGACCUGAGGGUGACGUACCGCCCGGAUGGUCAUACGAUGAUCCAUGGAGUUAUUUAUUACCCAACGAGAAUGGAAAUGAAAAAGGUGAGAAAUUGGAGGGAGAUGCGAUUAGAGCGUUUAAGGAUGGUGGAUUCGGUUUAAGUGGGAUCCCGUUGUUGCCUCCGCCAGUAGAAUUGAGGGCGUAG